AUGCAGCCCUCAAAAACCAAGUAUCUGAGCGUGAGAGCAGAUUUCAGAACCGACAGACAAUGCUGGAAGGGGGGGGUAUUGAGCUGGGAGUUUAUCAGCGAGCGGCUGUGGAACGAUGAUGACGGGCAGAAACAAUGGAGGACCGCAUUUUCGAUCGCACGUACUGGGUGCUGCAAUUAUGCUGUAUUGAAGACGGCUGAUAUCGCGGGGCUGUCCACCAGCGACAAGCAAAGUAUCAUCCAAAGCCUACAGGGCUUUUGUGUACAGGAUCUAGACUGGGACACGCUGGUAGGGUCUUUCCCAGAGCCAAUCCGCCAACAAGUGCCGGGGAUUUUUGCCGAAGCUAUCCUGGUCAAGAGCGUCGUGGGCAGGUUCUUUGACAAACCAUUCUGGUAUUUCGAUUAUACACCCGAGGGCUGUUCUGUCCCCUUGGUCGAGCCCCUGCAGUAUCUCUAUGAGCGGUUUAAGAAAACCAACGACGACUCCGCCCGGCUCUGGAGAUCGGAGACCACUCGGCUCGCAACCUCAGCUGACCUGUCUCAAGUCCCGGACACCGAACUGGGCCUGUACACGAAGAAGGAGCGCGAGGCAGGUAUCUCGCAACUAGCCGUGUAUAUGCUCUCCGAGAGUCCACUGCACCUGCUACUCAAUGAGGAGACCGAGUAUCGCACGAAUGAGCUUAUUGAAUUUAUCUGUUACGCUGAAGAGCUAGCCACCCGUCUCAGCACCACCGCCGCCGAUUUGCGGUACAGAAACUUGACGGAGCUACCUCCCCUGUUCACUCGGGCAACUGAAUUUAUACAAGCGUACCACGAACACAACCUCGACCUUACGGACCCAAGGCUGGACGGGCGUCGGAUUCUGCUUCUUAUUCACCCCGCGGCGGUGUGCGUGGUGAACAAGGAUCGUAUGGAGGAGUGUCGAAUGGCCAAGGCAGAGGCAGUGGUCGAGCAUCGGGAGUGGACGAUCCAGGAUAAUGACAGGAUCCUUGCUGAGAACGAGCAGAAGGGAGAUGCCCGGGAUAAGGUGCAGGAAGAGAAACGGUAUAAAGAGAUGGCGCUUAAAGAUGAAUGGAAUAGACAGCAGCAGGAGGAAAUCGAGAAGGACUUUGUGGUAAUCAUAGAGCAUGGUCUACAGUAA